GAAGAGCACGUGUUCCGAGGAAGAUGACGUAGUCACGGACCAGAAUUCCUUGCGUCAUAUCAGUGUUAACUGUUUUUAAUAUUUGAUAGCUGGAAUGUUAUUGGCAUUAAGUGAGAAUUGUGGUAGUGGUGUGAUAUGCCGGUAGGUGAUAAGUUUUGGAUUACAUCAAUAGAAGCGUGGAAAGUGAACUAGUGCCGAUAGCAAAUGGCUUCAAGUUGAAUCUUCAAAAUGGCGACCGAGAAUUCAAUUCCUUUGUCCAUUCUGACUGGAUCGGGGGAAGUAAACAAAGACGCUUUGUUUGAUGAGCUAAUGGCUCGUAUAGGUUUAAACGGAAAAUAUCAAUCGAGGUUUAACAUCGUAUUUAAUCUGAUAUUCGUUAUAUUUUUGGCUAUGCCAUAUCUCAAUUUGGUGUUAGCCAUGACAAUACCUGAACAUUGGUGCCAUGUUCCGGGAAGAAAUGGAACGACGUUAAGUGAAGGAGAAUGGAAAAACCUUACGAUACCCAGUAUAACGAAUGAGAUUGGCAAACAAGCAUUCAGCAAAUGCCAAAUGUACAACAUAAGUGUGCCACUGAACACAACGACGCUUCUGCAAUCGGCGGAGAUGAAUGGCACAGUGCCUCAGGUCAUAGAUUGUCAGCAUGGUUGGGACUACGACCGCACGUGGUAUACCAGGACAGUGGUAACUCAAGAGGACUGGGUCUGCGACAGGGAGCUUCACGUGACCAACACAUUUGUGGUCAGCAGAGCGGGGGAUGUCCUAGGGACCUUCGUCUUCGGACAGCUGGGAGAUGCAAUUGGACGACGACCUGUGUUCUUCGUAACCCUGUUCUUGCUGGCAGCGGGGAGGUGCUUGACAGUGUUCACUGCCAACAACUACCCCCUUUUCCUAGCGGUCACAGUUCUGGGCAGCGUUUCUCAGUCUGCAGCAUUCCAGAGCCCUCUCGUACUGGGCAUGGAGAUGUCUGCUGCAGACAAGAGGGCCCACAUAGCCAUGUUGCAGUGCCUGGGUUGGACGGUUGGUGUGUGCCUCAUGCCCAUGGUUGCCUGGGCAACAGGUGAUUGGGUCGCCUUCCUCAUCAUCACCUCAGCGCCGUGCGCCGUGUUCUUCUUGGCCUACAAGUGGUUCCCCGAAUCUGCAAGAUGGCUUGCAGCGAAGGGAAGAACAGUGAAAUGUGCCCGAGAACUGCGCCGGAUAGCGAGAACGAAUGAACGCGCCCUGCCAGACGACACGAUGAUCACAUUACAGAAAAUUGCAGCAAAGAAGGAGAGAGUCUACGGUCUACCGAGCCUGUUCUCCAAUUGGCGACUAGCGAAGAACACAGUACUAAUAGUCUACUUGUGGGUUGUAAACUCCAUGACGUAUUACACGCUGAUGCUGAAUGUCAGCAACAUGGAAGGCAACCCCUUCAUGAACUUCUUCUGGCAGUCUCUGGUGGAACUUCCUGGCUACGUAGUGGGGAAGUACCUCUCGGACCGUUUCGGCCGCCGCUGGACACAGGCUGUGCUGUUCCUGGCACUCAUCCUGGCCGUUAUCGUCGUGAUCUGCAUUGUAGGACAGCCCGACCUGGUUUGGCUCACGACUUGCACGGUUGUGUUCGUAAAAUUCUGCUUCACAAUCACGUUCUACGUGAUUCACUUGGUUGCCAUGGAGACGUACCCCACGUGCGUACGCCAGACAGGCACGUCGCUUGGGGCUGUGUUGGGUAGCAGUAUGGGGAUUUUGGGGCCCUACAUCGUCUACCUUGGCAACACAUACGAUGUCCGGUACCCGUACGUAAUAAUUGGCAUUGUGUCCGCAACUGGAAUGGUGGCAGCACUGUUUCUGCCAGAAACUCUGCACCAAAGAUUACCAGAGACACUGGCUGAUGCUCAGACUUUCGGACAUGGUCAGAAGUUCUGGAGUCUGCCUGAGAGACCAAUCGCUACAAGGGACGAAAUGAGUGAAACUCCGCUGAAAUCUUAAACAUAAAGUGUGCAAAGAUAGUGCUUAUCAGCCAUCGGCGCUGGCAGAGCAGGGGGGAGUGGGCAAGAGAAGGAUUUUUUCGCCUCUCUUGAGUAUUUUU